UGGAUGAUGGUGCUCCAUGAUGCAGAUGCACUAAAAGGGAACUGGCAUCAGGGAAUCUAAAAUUCAAUUGAGCAAAACAAAAGAAAAAGAGAGAAAUUAAUGCAUGUUAUAUAGGGACAUGCUAGAUCUUAAACUUAGGUGCAGUUAUGUGUGGAAAUUUGAGACUUGAGGCUGAUGCUUCAUGGAACAGAAGGAAUUUAGAACGCUUUCGUCAUGCAGAUAUUCUGGGAAACUGCCCCGGGCAUAUGGGAUGGGUAUAAUCUUGCAGGGAUUGAAAGAUAGCUAAUAAUCAGGAUAUUAACUCGACCCAUAUAUAAUGAGCUCAAGGAUUAUGAAUCGCAGCAUCUGUUGGCUUUGCAGUUUAUUCAGCGAUGGCACAAACAGAGCCAUUUCCAAAAUAAGUUUGGAAGAAGUACUUCAGUGGUCUCAGUCUUUCGAAAAACUUAUGGCUACUAAAUAUGGGCCAAUUGUCUACAAGUCCUACCUGAAGAGCGAAUAUAGUGAUGAGAAUAUGGAAUUCUGGUUGGCUUGUGAAAAGUAUAAGAAGAUUUUAUCACAGAGGAAAAGAAUAUCGGAGGCACAGAAACUUUUUAAGGAAUAUAUCCAACCCCAGGCUCCAAAAGAGAUUAAUAUUGACAGUCCAGUAAGAGAAGGUAUUACCUUGAAGAUUCAGGAACCGACUCAGUGUUGUUUCGAUGAGGCUCAAAAAAUUGUUUAUCUGCAUAUGGAAAGAGACUCAUAUCCCAGGUUUCUUAGCUCAGAAAUCUACCAAAGCCUUAUCUUCACUCUUUCGGCCUAACAACAAUCAAUAGUCUGUCUCAAAGAGGAAAAGUAUGAGCUUUAUUUUGAGUUUCUAAAUCAGAUAAAAGCAAGCAUGGCACUUUCAUAAUAUAUUACAUUGCAAUUCCCAUCAUUCCCAACCAGCAACAUCUUCCCCAGUUUAAAGCCCUCUGAGUUAAAAUCAAAAUCAUGUUUCCCAGUUUGGAGAAGAAUACAUUAAAUGAAUGGACUCAGAAAAUAUAAAUAUUUUGAUAUGAGCAUUAUUUUCUUGUUUUAACUUGGCAUGGGAAAGUUUAUAAAAAAUGGAACUGUAAAAUUGAAAGGUAUCAACCAAAGCUUUAGUAUUGUCUGAAUAAUGGAACCAUCACAAUGUCAGAGGCUGAUGUGGUUGAGUUAACCAAGUAUUCUUACUCAGAUCAGAACUUCUAAGUCUUAGCAACUUCUUGAUACAACAUCCUCUGUGGCACUUCCUGCCUUAUGCAAGCUACAGCAUCAAUAGCCAGAAACUCUAUCAACAUUCAGCCAGUCAUCCAGCCAUUAAGCCAUUAAACCUCUUUUAAACAAUUCAAGGAAGACUGCAGCUACUGCUGGAGUUCAUCUACACUUAUGUAAAAGCCACACCAAACAAGAUAAAGUAUAGGUAAAUCAGUAACAAUAUAUUAAGGACAAGUUAUAUUUACAGUAUUAUAUUAAAAUCUAUAUAAUGCUAGUAUCGGUAUCUUUUAAAGUUUAUAUUUUAUUUUAAAUAGUAUAUUUUUAGAAGUUUUGUUCAUCCCCGGCUCCCAAGAGUUAUUGGGUGGUUAGAAAUACAGGUAUAUCAAAUUAAAGUGUUUCAAAACUUAAUUAAUUGAUAUAGAUAGAUAACAUAAUUAAAACCUAUGUUUUUCAAAGCAACCAAGCAGAUGCUGAACACAAACACUGGAAGUUAACACCAAAGUUAGUAUGAAUAUCAGUGAGUAAGUGAAUGUAUGUAAUAUGUGAAUUUAAAUCAGUGGUUCUCAACCUGUGGGUCGGGACCCCAUUUGGGGUCGAACGACCAUUUCACGGGGGUCGCCAAACAAGGCUGUCCGCCAUUUUUUUCCUCCUUUUCUUUGGCCACGCCCCUGGCACCCGGUGAUGUAUAAGUGGUUUGGAGUCACCACAACAUGGGGAACUGUAUUAUGGGGUCACGGCAUUAGAAAGGUUGAGAACCACUGAUUUAAAUGAAAGGAGAGAUCAUUUGGAAGAUAUUUAAAUUAUUUUUUUCUUACAAUAUUUAUAUUUAAUAAAAUACAAGUGAAUAAUCCAAUAAAAGUUGGAUACUGUUAACAUAAUAAUAUUAAAUUGUAUUAACAAUAAAAUUAUUUUAUUUAUUA